GCCGGCGGGGAAGGAAGGAAGGAAAGAGGGAGGCGAGGGAAGGAAGAAGAAGCCGCAGCGGCCGCCUCAGCACCGCCUGUUUUGUGAUCCUGAGAUGCCAGAUGAAAUAUGCCCAAAAUAAAAUUAAAUGGCAUUACUGUUGACUUUCCAUUUCCACCCUACAAAUGUCAGGAGACAUAUAUGUCCAAAGUGCUUGAGUGCCUGCAAAAGCAAGUGAAUGGGAUCUUGGAGAGCCCCACAGGCACAGGGAAGACGUUAUGCCUCCUGUGCUCUACCUUGGCAUGGCGAGCGCACUUCAAGGAUGCCGUUUCCGCGCAAAAGAUUGCUCAGCGAUUAAAAGGGGCAGAGCUUUUUCCGGACCAGCCCUUGUCGUCUUGGGGCAAUACUGUCACAGGGACCGAAGUUCCAGCUUAUUACAGCGAUGUCCCUAAAAUAAUUUAUGCCUCCAGAACACAUUCUCAGCUUGCUCAGGUCAUCAGUGAAUUGAAGAAUACCGUUUACAGACCCAAAGUUUGUGUGUUGGGAUCCAGAGACCAGCUUUGCAUCCACCCUGACGUUAAAAAGCAGGAAAACAAUCAUAUGCAGAUCCAUUUGUGUCGUAUGAAAGUGUCAAGUCGCUCAUGUCAUUUCUAUAACAAUGUGGAAGAAAAAAGCACCGAGAAAGACCUGAUUGAUCCCAUCUUGGACAUUGAAGACCUUGUUAAAAAUGGAAACAAACACAGAGUUUGCCCUUAUUAUCUUUCUCGGAGUCUGAAACAGCAAGCUGACAUCAUUUUUAUGCCUUAUAACUAUCUGCUGGAUUCAAAGAGUCGAAGAGCUCAUAACCUGGAUUUGAAAGGGACUGUAGUAAUACUUGAUGAAGCUCACAACGUGGAGCAAUUGUGUGAAGAAUUGACCUCCUUUGACCUGACUCCCUAUGACUUAGCUUCAGCCGUUGAUGCCAUCAACAUCGUCUUAGAAGACCAAGCCAAAAAAAUUGAACAGAAUGAAUUUAACGCUGAAUUCAAUAUGGAAUACGGCAACUCAGGACUGAACAUGGAACUUGAAGAUAUAGCAAAAAUAAAACGGAUCCUCCUGCAGCUAGAAAGCGCUAUUGACGAUGUAGAACUCUCAUCAAGUGAAAAUGGACUCACGAAAGAGGGAAGCUACAUAUUUGACUUGUUCGCAAAGGCUCAAAUCACAUUCCAAACCCAGAAUUCUCUCCUUGAAUCACUGGAACAAAUUGUGCAGUAUUUAGCUGGCCGUUCUGGGAUAUUCACUAACACCGCAGGACUGCAUAAGUUUGCAGAUGUAAUUCAGACUGUUUUUAAUGUUGGUUCAUCGGAAGGGGCGCCUGGCAUCGUAGCAGGCGAUGUGAUAUCAAAAUACUAUAAGGUCCAUAUCCAUCUUGAUGAAAACAAUACAAAAUGGAAGCCCCGGACCGAUUUGUGGAACUCGUUGCCAACUAAGAAACAAGGGAAGAUCUUGAGCUACUGGUGUUUCAGCCCCGGAUACAGCAUGCAGGAGUUGGUUCGUCAGGGAGUCCGCACCAUUAUUCUGACGAGCGGGACCCUUUCCCCACUUUCCUCUUUUGCUAUGGAGAUGCAGAUACCGUUCCCAGUUCAUUUGGAAAACCCACAUGUUAUUGAUAAACAUCAAAUUUGUGUAGGAGUCAUCCCCAAAGGGCCGGAUGGGGGUUUGCUGUCCUCCACUUACGAAAAAAGAUUUACAGAAGAAUGUCUGUCCUCCAUUGGGAAAACCAUAGUUAAUCUUGUCCGAAUAAUACCAAAUGGACUCCUGGUGUUUUUUCCUUCAUAUCCGGUCAUGGAUAAAAGCCUGGAAUAUUGGAGAGCCCAUGACUUUGCAAAAAAAAUAGAAGCACUGAAGCCAAUAUUUGUAGAACCGAGGCACAAAGGAGCAUUCACAGAGGUUAUGGACGCCUAUUAUGAAAAGGUGGUCUGCCCGAAAUCAAACGGUGCUAUUUUCUUGGCUGUGUGCAGGGGAAAGGCUAGCGAAGGUUUGGACUUUGCUGAUAAGAAUGGACGAGGCGUCAUCAUCACGGGCCUUCCGUACCCUCCUCGCAAGGACCCCAGGAUCAUGUUAAAGAUGCAGUUCUUGGAUGAAAUGAAGACAAAAGAUGGCAGCAAGCAGUGUUUGUCUGGAAAUAUCUGGUACAAACAGCAGGCUUCUCGUGCCGUGAACCAAGCUAUUGGAAGAGUUAUCCGACAUCGGCAAGAUUAUGGUGCCAUUUUCCUCUGCGACCACAGGUUCACACAGACUGAGACAAGAGCCCAGUUGCCCUCCUGGAUCCGCCCUUACGUCAAAACCUAUGAAAACUUUGGACAUGCCAUCAGGGACGUUUCUCAUUUCUUCCGUACUCUCCAGCAGUGUAUGCCAGGUCCGCUACCGCCUCGUCAUCUUCCUUCCACUAUCACUGCCAAAGAAAAUGAUUCUUCGUCGUCGUCGUCGUCUUUUGUUCCAUGCAAGCAAUUCCCUACUGGGACAAAAGCCAACGUGGUGGAAGACCAUGUUCCUAGUCUGAAAAGGAAGCGGAUCGAUAACAGAGAGGCCGGGGUGUGCGUGGCUUAUGGGCAGGGCCCAUCCUCUUCCAGAAGGCAGCCUGGAGGCCUCUUGGAUGCCCUGGAGCACAACGAUAAAAGCUGCCAUGAAACAGACGAGGAGAAAUGCUUGCCGGGAGAGGAAUCGGCAAAGCGUUUGUCAACUCUAUCUCUUCAGUAUGAAAAAAAACUGAUGGACCAACAGAAAGGCAGCGGCAGGAAGAAAAUCAAGAUAGUCAGCGGCAUGCAAACUAACGAGGUACCCGAUUCUUCGGAGCCCAAGAUGGGCAGAGCCGUCACUUUUAUUGCAGAAGUGAGGAAAUCUCUGAGCCAGCUAAAUUUUGAUGUAUUUUCAGAAGCCCUCCGCCAGUACAAAAGAAAACACGAUUUCAAUGCUAUGUUAUUUCAGUUGAGUGGACUUUUCUUAGAAGAUCAAAACACCCACGUCCUCAUGCGAGAGUUUUACCAAUUUAUUCGGCCUCAGCACAAAAAGCAAUUUGACGAAGCUUGCCGUUCCCUUACCGGCGUCGGUUGCGGAUACAAACCCGAGCACAGCCUGCUGCAAGAAGAUAGAUUGUUAUUAGCUGAAAAUGCAGGACAGGACUAUGGAAAGAAAAUUACUUUUAUGGAAGAUUCCACUAAACAGCUUAAUUCCAUGCAGCAUUUAAACAAAGGCGGAUCCCACCUGACGGCUGAUUUAAAUGUGAAAGGAGAAAGCAGUGCCAAGGUGUCUGAUGUCGCCCCAAGAAGUUCAUUCAGUACCACAAAGAAGGACGAGAAAGAGACCUACCUGUCGGCCUAUGUAAAUGAACUCAAGAGGGCGCUGGACAAAACAGCCUAUAAUACCUUCAGGUCAGCACUCGUCGCAUACAAGAAGACCGGGGACUAUGACUCGAUGGUGACUGUGGUGGUAGCCCUCACCACGGAGAAGCCAGAGAACUUCCACCUUCUGCAGAAAUUCGCCACGUUUGUCCGCCCUCCUCACAAGGAACAAUUCCUGCAGAUGUGCAGAGAACUGACUGGCACAACUUUUCCAGAGGAGAAGAAUGAGAAAAGUUCCCUUGAUUCUUCCAAGAAUGAAGCACCACAGCCGCUCCAAAAUCCAGACCCAUCGGAAAUUGAGAGAAGGCCCAGCCAAUUACGAGAAGCCACAGAUGAUGGCAGCUUACCUCUCUCCCCAAUAGGUGGUGGCUAUCAGUGUGCUAAAUGCAGUUCGGAUCAUGGUGUGCCCUUUAAAUGCCAGCAGUGUUCCUUCACGUGUUGCAACAAAUGUUGGGAGAAUUCCUUGAAGCUUGCCAAAAAGUGCCCAGAAUGCCAAGCGGAUACCAAGAGAAGACACUUGGCCAUAUCUUACUGGCCAGAUCCCCCCGUGAAAGACAGAUUGAACACAUGAACUGCUCAACGGGAUCUAGAGACUGUGUGGCUUGCUCCAGCUGGUCUGUGUGGAAGAGGAAUAACAAAAUUGCAAGUGGUUUUAAGUCAGCUUUCUGGACCCUCCAUGUCCCCCCCACCCCUCCAGAUAUCUGAGCCACUCAAGUGCUCCUAUCAGUUUCAGUCAAUCCAGACAGCAUUUAAAUCAGAGUUAACAUUUUAUUACCUUUUUCUAAUGAUGACCUUUGCAGUGAGGUCAGGAACCACAAAGCCUUUUAUCUUUAUUAUGGGAAAAUUAAAAAGGAGUUUGUAAUAUGGAGUCUGCCUGGCGCUUUCCUAUUCUGUCUCCAAAGAAUCGCCCCUUACGUUUUUUUUUUAUUAUUAUUUUAUUUUACUUUGCGGUCCUUAUAAACUAAAUGAAAAGUUUCCACAAAGUCACUAUUAGUUUGAAUUUCCACAGGAUCUGGAUAGGCAUGUAUUUUAAACAAAGGAAUACAUUGCAGGUAAUCCUCGACUUAUGAUCACAUCUGAGCUCAGAAUCUCUGUUGCUAAAUGUUAACAGUUAUUAAAUGUGUUUUGCCCCA